GCGGUAUAAGUAAGCGGCUCCCGAGGGGCCGCUCAGUGCCGGUGUCCCGGGACGGAAACAUGCCGCAGUGCGCCACGGGGCCGCUGCCGCGGGACGGCCCGCGGGGACAGGUCAGCGCCGCGGCGGCCGGAGCCUUCCCGAAGCGUGUGAAGGUGGUGGAGGUGGGGCCGCGGGACGGGCUGCAGAACGAGAAGAAUGUUGUACCGACACCGGUGAAAAUCAAUCUAAUCAAUAUGCUGUCAGAGACGGGGCUUCAGGUUAUAGAGGCCACCAGCUUUGUUUCCCCCAAAUGGGUUCCUCAGAUGGCGGACCAUACUGAAGUCAUGCAAGGAAUUAAUAAGUUACCUGGUAUUAGUUAUCCUGUGCUGACACCGAAUCUGAGAGGAUUUCAGGCAGCGGUGGCAGCAGGGGCCAAAGAAGUGUCGAUCUUCGGAGCUGCAUCUGAGCUCUUCACUAAGAAGAACAUCAACUGUUCCAUAGAGGAGAGUUUGGAGAGAUUCGAUGAAGUGAUGACGGCAGCGAGAGCAGCCAGCAUUCCUGUCCGGGGAUAUGUAUCCUGUGUCCUUGGGUGUCCCUAUGAAGGGAAGAUUUCUGCAGCUAAAGUUGCAGAGGUCUCAAAGAAGAUGUACUCGAUGGGAUGCUACGAGAUUUCCCUCGGCGACACCAUCGGCAUUGGGACUCCGGGGAGCAUGAAGGAGAUGCUGACGGCAGUCAUGAAAGAGGUGCCAGUUGGGGCUCUUGCUGUUCACUGCCAUGAUACCUACGGGCAAGCUCUUGCCAACAUCUUGGUAGCGCUUCAGAUGGGUGUGAGCGUGGUUGAUGCGUCCGUCGCUGGCCUUGGAGGCUGCCCCUAUGCCCGAGGAGCUUCAGGAAACGUUGCUACAGAGGACUUGGUGUACAUGCUGAACGGCCUGGGGAUCCACACGGGUGUGGAUCUGCAGAAGUUGAUGGACACGGGCACGUUUAUUUGCAAUGCUCUCAACAGACGAACCAAUUCCAAAGUGUCCCAGGCGUGUUGCAGACUGUGACGCUGAAUCGAGUUUCUCCUUGGAUCAAGAAGAAAGCGAGGAUCCAGUGUUGGCUGGGUUUCCCUCUAUCUCGCUGCCUCUGAUCUUCAGUGCUCCUUCCAGGCCCAGCGCUUGAAAGGAAAAGUAUAAUCCACCAGAAUCUGUGAAGAAAUGAAAAAAAAAAAAAAAUACUGUCAUCGUAUUGCCAAAACCAGCACAAC